AUGUCCGAACCAAAGAAGAAGGGGCUUUUGAGUGGUCUGAUGCGCAGGCUUAGUAACGCCCAAGGGAGCGGUAAGCUGGUAAAGGAUCCGCCAUCGAGACGGGCAAGCGAAGGCGACAUACCCGUACGAAGACAUCGGUCUGAUAGACCCGAUGUUAUCAAUUCUCGUAGGCGGCCGCGCCGUCCGGAUCCACGUGAUUCAAAAGGUAAAGGUAGGGAGCAGCCAAACGGCCACAGGUACGAACCGGCACCCUUGUCGGAAUGGCCCCCAUCUGGCAUCUCCAAAGAGGAACAACUCACCCUCGGCCACGCAAUGGAGCUCAUCUCGAGAGGUGUUCCAGCACACAAGGGGCACAAACGGCCUAUCCCUCAUGCGUCGGAUCAUUACUACGGGCUAUACACGACGACAGCUGGUAACCACGGCGAUGACAAUGAUACCGUUAACCAGCAUGAUGCCAUGACCCAACUCACAACCCUGAGCAUACAGGGCUUCAAUCAACCCAAGUAUCCUUGGGAGACUCUUGAACAACCAAGUCUUGCUUUUGGAUUCGGAGGACGACCGGGUACUAUCACCCUAAACCACUGGGCAAAUAUAUUUAGCGCAAUCCCACCACCGAUUGCGCUCCGUGACCCUGGAGUUGUGCCGAGAGAAGUUGAUUUAGGUUCGAUAUUCGAACGACUACAGGAUUUGGAGGCUGGUUUAGAAGAUGGGAACGACGAAGUCUUAUAUCGUCUAUAUAAACGAUUUCUUAAAGACCCUGACAAGCUCUUCAGCCCGCAUAAGACGAUGGAGAAGCAGAUUACGGAUUUGGUUAUGUGCCUUUCAAGCCCAGAUUGGAUUGAUUUCUCGAAUCCGAAGAACCAGGUCGUCACAAAGUUUAUUUAUGACACGGGCCCCGAGAACCAGCAACAAUACCAUAAAUUCUUCUACCAGUUGCUCUUAAGCCUUGAGCUAGAAUUACGGAUCAAUUCGAAAAAGCAUCAGGACCCAGCCAAGGAGAGACUUGUGGCGCAGAUACCACCGAGAAUUCAGUGGAAUUUAGCUCUCGCCAGGCGAUGGAGGGAUUUUGUCCGUAUCGAAGAUUACGGCGAGGAGCCAGAUCAGAUCAAACUACGGUUCAAGAUGAGGAGGAGACAGGUCAGCAUGCUAAAAAGAUUCGCUCAGAUGAUGAAAUGGCCGAACCUCGCCGACACGAUAAGCGAGCUCAAGCAGAGAGAUAAUGAGGGGACGCUGAUGAUCGUCAGUUCGCACGCAAUGGCUUUCUUCAGCGGUCUAGUCUUACCAGGACCCACAUUCCCAUUUCUCAUUAUGAACUCUUUGAUCGAUAUUGACCCCGAUAAGGCGACUGAUAAUCUUGCUUUGCUUACGCACCUUCACCCUCACUGUGGCUUCCAGUACCGCAAUAGUUAUACUUAUUGGAGAUCGGCCUGUAUCGUUGGUAAAGUACUUGCGCCGACAUGCCACGAGAUCGCUGGAUGGGUUGGUCCAGCUAGACCGACAAAAGACUUGGGACGCUCUCAGAUUGCCCGGAUUCGCUCGAAAAAACCGCGACAGAAUAUUCUAACGCCAGAGGACGUAACUUCUAUGAGCGAUAGAUCGGACCCCUUAGGACCACGGUCUGAAAUUUACCCCGUCGGGGAUUACGACUUGUUGACGCCCGAUACGGAUGAUAUAGUAGAUACAGUCCUGCUUGAGCAGGUUAUUCUCAAGGAAGCUACUGAUAAGCAAGAUUCAGGCCCUCAAUGGUUCGACGCGUCGAUACAGUUCGCUAUUGAUGGCGUAUCUUGGCCACUUCACCUCACAUUUGACGUGUCGUUCAUCAAUGCUUGGCCGUGCUCUGACGGACCUCACCCUCUGUUCUUUGACUAUGUCUAUACUCCCCGCAAAGUUGACGAGCUCGUAGAUAUCUUAGACUGGGGUAAACCAAAUUGCAGGGAAAGAAGCUUUCGUUCAACGCCAGCUGGCGGAAGCAAGUCACCGGAAUUUGAACCCAUUGUGGGAGGGGAUGACGCGGAGAGAGUCCUAGUGGUUGAGGCGUUCGGCAGCAGCGACAAUGAAGUCUUGGCGCGCGCGUGGUGCUCUCACUGGGGACUCAGCGCAGUAGUGGCGGAUAUUGGCAGGACUUGCAUGGCGUGCGCUAUCCGCGAAGCUUACGCAGCAACCUUAACGGUUGUAAUUCUUGUUGAGGAUCAGCCGGGAGAUGCAGAAUAACGAGGUGACAGUCGGAAGUUUCAUUGCGAGUGCUUGUGAUCGUCACGAUCACCGGCAAAUGGCGACGGCGCAGAACGAGGAGACACACAUACACAUACUAAUCUAUUAACGAACAUACUGACGCAGUCAACGACUUUCACGAUGGUUACACAAUUAUACAGGUGUUCUAGGUAUUAGGGGAAUGGCAUAGGAUAGCUAAAAAUUUGCUUUUAUAGCCCGGAAUAGGGAGUUUCGCAUAGAUAUACCCGUUCAGUCAGUCCCAUUCCGCCAUUCCGGUCUUAAUUGUAUUACUAUUUCUCCCACGCAAGACAAUGUUGAGUCCUGCUUUGGAAGUGCGGCUUUUUAAAUGGAUUACCUAUGUUGGCUGAUCGGCAUUCUUUGCGGAGGGUGCUCGACGAACCAGAGGACUCUGACUACAACCGAGAGGCAGGGAGUGGCGGUUUGCCACACCACAGAUCAUCGUGACCUCCCUCCUAAUACCGGACUUCCUUACUGCAAACGCCCGAAAGCCAAGUUGGCGGUGGACGUAUGUAUGCUGGUUGUGUAUGCCGGUAUGUACAUCACAUCCUGACAUCCAAGCAUUCGUCAACCCUGUCGUACAUAGUACAGCUGUAAUGUGGGUUUUUCGCUUAGUGCAAAUUCUCUUAAGAUGUCAGGAUGUCAGACCUGCGCAUUGGUAUUCUCCAAUAAAUCCUGUGUAAAAUUUUCGGCCCUCCCACGUUACUAUGUAUUGUCGGCUCACCCGAAA